AUGAGUUAGAUAGAGAGAAAACAGACACACACAGCAAAAAUUGAAUUAAAGAAGACAGCAGAAAACUUAGACUGUAAGAUUAUGAACUUCAUAAAUUAUUUCAAUAAUGGUAAGAAGCGACAACAAAUAUUUGCAAGAACAGAUCGAGCAAUUAGAGAUGAAUCAGAGAUAUGCUGA